AAUCCCUCAGACAGAGACAAACACCUACAAGAUCUCUAUCAAGCAUUCUUAAAACUACAAUACCCACCUGGGGAAGUGAGGAAACAGAUUGACAGAGCGAGACAGGUACCCAGAAGUCACCUACUACAGGACCGGCCCAACAAAGAAAAUAACACCAGUGUCCAUCACGUACAGCCCCCGGCUAAAACCUCUCCAGCACAUCAUCAACGAUCUACAACCUAUCCUGGAAAACGAUCUGCCACUCUCACAGGCCUUGGGAGGUAGGCCAAUCCUUGCUUCCAAACAGCUCCCCAACCUGAAGCAAAUACUAACCAGCAACUACACACCACGCCACAGAAACACUAACCCAGGAACCAAUCACUGUAAGAAACCCCAUUGCCAUCUCUGUCCCCAUAUCUAUUCUAGCGACGCCAUCAGGGGCUCAUUCACCUACACAUCUACUAAUGUGAUAUGUGCCAGCAAUGCCCCUCUGCCAUGUACGUUGGCCAACCCGGAGACAGUCUCUACGUAAAAGGAUAAAUGGACACUAAUCAGUCAUCAGGAAUGGUAACAUACAAAAGCCAGUAGGAGAACACUUCAGUCUCCCUCACCAGAUUUAAAAGUAGCCAUUCUUCAACAAAAAAAACUUCAAAAACAGACUUCAAAGAGAAAUUGCAGAGCUACAGUUCAAAACUUAACACCAUUAAUUUGGGCUUGAAUAGGGACUAGGAGUGGCUGGCUCACUGCAAAAGCAAUUUUCCCUCUCUUGGUAUUGACACCUCCUCAUCAAUUAUUGGGAGUGGACCACAUCCACCCUGGCUGAAUUGGCUUUCAACACUGGUUCUCCACAUGUAAGGCUGCUGAGCAGGGAGUCUCCCAGCGGGGCACUUAAGGCCGUCUUGCGGAAAGCCAGCCCUGGCAAAGGCGAGGAGAAGCAGUUUCUUGAGAUCUGGGAUCAAAAUCGCAAAGUGAAGAGCGUCAACCUGACUGUGUUGGAGAAGCAUGGCAAUGUCUAUGAGGAUGUUUGGCUGCCUGUCCUGGUCGCACUCGGAGACCCACCUGCUCUACGUGGCUGAGAGGAAACGGCCCAAGGCCGAGUCCUUCUUCCAGAGCAGAACCCCGGAGCUGAGCAGCAACUGUGCUGAUGAGAGACGAGACAAGGCUGUCAAGGGGGAGCAGUUCGUGUACCAUGACGACUGGGGCGAGGCACUGGUGGGCAAGAGCAUCCCAGCCCUGUGCAUACUGGAUGUGGAGAGCGGCAAUGUCUCGGUGCUGGAGGGUAUCCCGGAGCACAUCUCCCCUGGGCAGGCCUUCUGGUCCCCUGGCGACACGGGUGUGGUGUUCAUAGGCUGGUGGCAUGAGCCCUUCCGCCUGGGCCUGCGGCACUGCACCAACCGCAGGUCAGCGCUGUUCUAUGUGGACCUGACGGGAGCGAGGUGUGAGCUGCUGUCAGACGACACUAAAGCUGUGUGGUCCCCACGCCUGAGCCCUGACCAGUGCCGCAUCGUGUACUUGGAGAACAGCGCACUCGGGCCCCACCAGCAGUGCAGCCGCCUUCGCGUGUACGACUGGUACACGAAGGUCACCUCCACCGCACUGGAUGUCGUGUCCCGGCACAGCCAGGGAACGUUCACAGGGAUCUAUUGCCCAGCACUGCCUGGCCUGUGCUGGGCAGCCGAUAGCCAGAGAGUCGUGCUGGACACCGCUCAGCGCAGCCGGCAGGAGCUGCUUGUGGUGGAGACUCUGAGUGGCAGCGUGACCUCCCUGACGAUGGGCGCCCCCCUGGGCAGCUGGUCUCUCCUCACCAUUGACCGGGAUCUCCUGGUGGCCAGGUUCUCGACCCCCAGCUGCCCCCCAACACUGAAGGUGGCCUUCCUCCCCGGGGCCGGGCGGGAGGCCCAGGUGCACUGGGUAUGUCUGGAGGAUGUGACCCCCAUCCCGGAGAUCAGCUGGGUGAUCCGGCCCCUGCAGCCCCCCCCGGAUCAGGAGAAUCCGCAGUACAAGGGUAUUGAUUUCGAAGCCAUCCUGCUGCAGCCCAGCAAGGGGCUAGGGCUGAGGAAGCUGCCCCUGGUGGUCAUGCCCCAUGGAGGCCCACACUCUGUCUGCACGGCCAGCUGGAUGCUGUACCCCGCGGUGCUCUGCAGGAUCGGCUUCGCUGUGCUCCUGGUGAAUUACCGCGGUUCGCUGGGCUUUGGCCAGGACAGCGUCGCCUCCCUGCCCGGGCACGUGGGCUGCCAGGAUGUCAAAGACGUGCAGUAUUGUGUGGAGCGGGUGCUGCAGGAGGAGCCCCUAGACUCAGCGCGUGUGGCACUAGUGGGUGGCUCACAUGGGGGCUUCCUCGCUUGCCACCUCAUCGGUCAGUACCCAGGCACCUACCAGGCCUGUGUGGCAAGGAACCCGGUCAUCAACAUGGCCUCCAUGAUCAGCAGCACCGACAUCCCAGACUGGUGUCUGACUGAGGCCGGCUUCCCCUAUGCGCCCGACACCCUACCGGAUGCCUCCCACUGGGCAGAGAUGCUCCACAUGUCACCCAUGCAGUACGUUGCCCAGGUCCGGGCACCUGUGCUUCUGAUGCUGGGAGAAGAGGACAGGCGUGUCCCCCCCAGGCAGGGGCUGGAGUACUACCGUGCUCUCAAGGCCAGGGGCGUCCCUGCACGGCUGCUGCUGUACCCCAGGAACAGCCAUGCGCUCUCUGGCGUCGAGGCUGAGGCCGAUGGCUUUAUGAACAUGGCGCUCUGGCUGCUCCAGCACCUGCAAUGCUGACAGAGGCUGGGCUUCGCCUCUGCCCGAGCCCUGUAACCUGCAUCCAAUAAACCCAUGGCUCAUCUUGUG